AUGCAUAUGUUACUCAUUCAUUUAGUGUGUGCUACAAUAUUAUUUAUACCAUAUGUUAUUUAUAAUUGUAACAAGAAGAUAUCAAAAGCAAAGCAAGUAGAAGAAACGAGUAAAAAACAACAAAUAAAACAGGUAAAGAAACAAAUUACCGAACAGGAAUCCACUGCAACCGAAGGUGUAAACGAAACACAGGAAGUCAAAGAAACGAUUGAUAGCAAAAAGGUGAAAUCAUCGGAUAAACGAAAAGAAGAUUCCAAGAAAGUUAACAGUAGCGAUAAUCCAAAAUGUAAAAUUGAGAAAACGGAAAAAGUUAUAGAACAAGAGAAAUCAUUGCCUGAAAUAAAAGAAGGAAGCAUGAAAAUUGCUGAUGAUAAAGAUCCGAGAUAUAAGACGUUGUACUUUUUUAUGGACAAAAAUAUUGAUGUUUUUGGCCGAGAUAAAUGUCAACCGGAACAACCUGAAAUUGAUACGGCAAAAAAGAUAUCCGAUGACGAAAUCGCUGCUAAAAUUGCGGAAAUUAAAGCACGAUAUGGAUUAAUGAUGAAAGAAGAUGAGGAAACAGAAAUGGAUUGGAACGCGUUACUUCAAGCAAAAAAUAUCGAAAAAGAAGGUGAUGUACUAAUAUUUAUAUUACCAACGGAAGUCGCAUCAAAAGUGAAAAAGAAGAAAAAGCGAAAGAAAAAGUAA